CGCCUCGGCGCCACCUGACUCAGCCUCCCCUCCCCGGCACCCCCACUCCUGUUGGCUGUCGCCCAGCGCCGGCGCCGGUGGGUGGCGAGUCGGCGACCGCCCCCCUGGAAAGGGAAGACAGGGAGGCGUCGAGGCGAGCCGGGUCCCCUAGGCAGCUCGGCUCCUCCCCAUUCGCCACCUCUCCCUCUUCUUGACGACCGUCGACCGAGACCCACGAGCUCCCUCUCCAGCUCUCCUGCUGCCCGGAAAAGUGCAAAGCGUCAAAUAGGACCACCCGACGAUUCGUUCCUGGAGCCGGCACCGCCCGCUCCACCGCACCCGCGCGCUGCAGCCACCGAGCAAUGGAAUCGAGGAAGCCGCCACCCUCUGCCCUCGUUGACAACCACGUGGUCCCCGGAGACGUCGUCCUCGACCUCACCGAGAUGACCAACCAGACCAUCAAGCUCGGCGCUGGCCUGCGACAGGAUUGCGACACCAUACAGGCUACCAGUGCUGGGAGGCUACGGCUUUCGAAGCCCAACAAAUAUUGGGUCGAGAGCUCGCAGAAGAGGUAUAUACCUUCUGUAGAAGAUACAGUUCUUGGUGUUGUGGUUGACACCAAACCAGAUAACUUCUUGGUGGAUAUAAAAGGUCCUAAUUUGGCCUUUUUACCAGUUCUUGCAUUUGAAGGUGGUACCAGGAGAAAUAUUCCAAAGUUCGAGAUUGGUACAUUAAUAUAUGCACGAGUGGUGAAAGCAAAUAGCAUCAUGAACCCAGAGCUCUCGUGCAUGGAUGCUACUGGGAAAGCAGCCGAAUUUGGUCAACUAAAAGAUGGCUAUAUGUUUGACACGUCUACUGGCUUGUCGCGGAUGUUGUUAAGUUCUCCAACAUGUCCAGUUCUAGAGGCCCUUGGAAAAAAACUUUCAUUUGAGAUUGCUGUUGGCCUGAAUGGCCGAGUCUGGGUUAAUGCACCUUCUCCAAGUAAUGUCAUUGUUGUAUCAAAUGCGAUUAUAAAAUCAGAAUCUUUGAGUGGCAUAGGGCAACGAAGUAUGGUGGAAAGUCUCUUGGAGAGACUAUCUUGAUGGGGCAACAGGGUAUGAUGCUCCGGCAGUACUAAUGGAUCUUAAAGGACUGGUUAGGCGUCAGUUAUGAUUCUGCAAACCGGAGAAACGGCACUAUAAUCAUGUUAUCUCAACAGGUAGCGGUAGAUGAAUGUACACAUAAGCAGGUACAUGAAAGAAGCUGAUGCGUUCUGAUGAAUGUAUGAAGUUAACUGGAUGAUUCCGCUUAUGAAACUUUGUAGCGAGUUUUGUUCCAAUCAUACGUGAUACGUUGGUUCGUAAGAUGUCCUGGGAUUUGCACAAGGUUACUUGCUGAUCUGCUGGUCUUGUUGAUUUAGAACGAAAUCAUGACCUGGUAAAUGGUAAUUAAUAUUUUCACUGGUA